UCCAGUGCAACCGAUUCAGCGUUCAGUGUGUUUUCGUAUCCAUUACGAGUUACCUACUAAGUCUGUGAUCGGGUUUGGAUUUAUACGCUUUACACUUUUUUUUUUUUUUGUGCAAGCUAUAUUAUUACACUAUAAGGACGACUCUCCGUCACCGUCUCAUCGAGAUCUUUAGURCGUAAAUCAUCAUCAUUUGCCACCCGCGCCGCCGCAGUUAUCAUCAUGUUGGUCAUCGUAACGUAUCUGCCGGCGCUGUUGUUGUUGUCUGCCGCCGUGGCCGCGCGAGCGGGUCAUUCCGUUCACGAUCCGAACGAAUAUUACAGUGAGCCCAACUAUCAUUUCAACUACGGCGUCAAGGACUUGCACACGGGCGACCUGAAGAGCCAAUGGGAGCACCGGGAGGGCGACGUAGUCAAAGGGUCGUACAGCCUGAUGGAGCCCGACGGUUCCAUACGGACGGUCGACUACACGGCCGACAGCCAUAACGGGUUCAACGCGGUCGUGUCCAAGAGCGGCCACAACGUUCAUCCCGCCAAACACCACCACCAGCAGCAGCAGCAACCUGCACAUCAGCGCCUGCAACACUACCAACAGCAACAACUGUCGCUGCAGCAGCAGACUUACAAGCAACAACCGUUGGCGCAGAAACCKACUGCGGCGUACCAGGUGCAGCACAAGCCGGCGUUCGUGGCGUACAAGCCAGUGGCGCCGUCAUCCAAGUACCCGCCAUCGGUACUAUACCGCGACUUCUACGGCAAGUCUUCGCCGACGGCCACUGCGGCCGCCGUCAACUACAUGGCGUACCCGAACCGUCUGCUUCAGGAUUCCGACGUGGCCACCGCCACGCCCAAAUACUACACUGCCGCGGCCGCCGCCCCCCAGUAUUACGCCGCAUCGCCGGCCGAAUACGACGUCCAAGCCAAAGCCGAARCCGAAGCCGCUCCCGAGUACUAUUAUUACACGUCAGCCGUGACGCCCGACGCCGAAUCGCCGGCACCGUCGCCGUCACCGUCGCCGACCCCAGAUACGGCCAAGGCCGGUCCCGUCCUGUUCCCGGCCGACAACGCCACGGCGGCGGCGGCCGACGCCACGUCCGACCGACCUUCGGCGUCGCCCACGCCAAUCACUCUGCUCAAAUACGAACCCACGGACAACAACGGCGGCCAACCGCUGUACGCUGACUACAACUAUUACGCAUAAUUCAAUAAUAUUGCAUAAAUAUUGUUGUAUGCCCUCCUCCGCCUUCCUGCCAAAAGAGAUAUAUUUUUUAGACUUAGCUCGUAUUAAUAAUAAUUUAUAAUUAUAUUGUCGAGUGUACAGUACUCCCUCUUUCCCCCUCCAUCCCCCGACCCUUAUCGUAAUAAGGAUAAUGUUUUUAUUGUUUACGGGACGUGUCUUCUUCCAACCCGCCUUAUACUUGUAUAUAGCAUAAUCAGUACGAAAUCGCGUUGCCUACGCACUGUAUUCCAACAGGUGAAAUUAUUCUCGAGUUACGAGAUUAUUACAAAGUUCAGUUUUCUGAUAAAAAAAAA